AGGCUCGGCGCGGCGGGGCGGCCAGGCGCCCGGCUCCCGGCUCCCGGUGCCCGCGGGCCGCAGGAGGCGGAGGAAGGUGGGCGGGGGGCGGGCGCGAGGGGCGCACGCACGCCCGGCGCUGGGAGUGCGCGGCUGGCGCGGGGAGCGGAGCAGGCGCGCGGCCCAGGCGGAGGAGCGCUGACUCUGGAGCAGCCGGAGCUGGAGGAGGAGGAGAGGCGGCGGGGAAGGAGGCGGCGGCGGAGAGACGCUCCCGCCGGGCGAGCAUGGGGCGCCCGGCGCCCAGGCCGCUGCUGCUGGCGCUCCUGUGGCUGGCUCUUUGUCGAGGGCGCGUGGUGAGAGUCCCCGCUGGGAACCUGGUGCGGGUGGCGGGCACCGAGCUAGUCAUCCCCUGCAACGUCAGUGAUUACGACGGCCCCAGCGAGCAGAACUUUGACUGGAGCUUCUCGUCUUCGGGGGGCAGCUUCGUGGAGCUCGCCAGCACCUGGGAGGUGGGCUUCGGGGCCCAGCUGUACCGGGAGCGCCUGCAGAGGGGCGAGAUCCUUCUGAGGCGCACCGCCAAUGACGCUGUGGAGCUCCACAUCAAGGACGUCCAGCCCUCGGACCAAGGCCACUACAAGUGUUCCACCCCCAGCACAGACGCCACCGUCCAGGGCAACUAUGAGGAUACAGUGCAGGUGAAAGUGCUGUCCGACGCCCUGCACGUGGCCGCCAGCCCGCUGUCCUCCCCGGGCCCGGGCCUGGGCCGGAGCCUGAGCCUGCACCUGGGCGAGCCCUUCGAGCUGCGCUGUGAGGCCGCCACCACGUCCCCGCUGCACACGCACCUGGCGCUGCGGUGGGAGCUGCGGCACGGCGCCACCCGGCAGCGUGUCCUGGCCCUCACCCGCGAGGGCCGGCUGCACCCGGGCCCCGGCUACGAGCAGCGCUACCACGGCGGAGACGUGCGCCUGGACACCGUGGGGAGCGACGGCUACCGCCUCUCCGUGACCCGGGCCCUGGCCGCCGACCAGGGCACCUACAGGUGCGUCGUCAGCGAGUGGAUCGAAGAGCAGGGCGCCUGGCAAGAAAUCCAAGAAAAAGCCGUGGAUGUGGCCACCGUAGUGAUCCAGCCAACAGAUGUCCUUGUUUUUCAUCUUCGAGUUCUGCGAGCCGCCGUGGGCAGGAACGUGUCUGUGGCUGAAGGCAAGGAGCUGGACCUAAGCUGCAACAUCACAACCGACCGAGCGGAUGACGUCCGCCCCGAGGUGACAUGGUACUUCAGCAGGACGCCUGACCGCACUGUGCCGGGCCCCCACGUGUUGGCACGGCUGGACCGCGAUUCCCUGGUGCACAGCUCUCCUCACGUCGCGUUGAGUCACGUGGAUGCUCGCUCCUACCAUUUACUGGUUCGAGAUGUUAGCAAAGAGAACUCCGGCUACUAUUCCUGCCAUGUGGCGCUCUGGGUACCGGGGCAUAACAGAAGCUCGCACAAGGUGGCAGAAGCCACGUCGGCCCCAGUGGGGGUGGAUGUGACUUGGCUCGAGCCAGACUAUCAGGUGUACCUGAAUGCCUCCAAGGUCCCCGAGUUCUCCGACGACCUCACGGAGCUGGAGUGCCGGGUGGUGGACAAGAGGAGCAUGGAGGGGAGCGUCCGUGUCACGGUGUCCUGGUACUACAGGGUGAACCGGCGCAACGACGACGUGGUGACCAGCGAGCUCCUCGCAGCCAUGGACGGGGACUGGACGCUCAAGUACGGAGAGAGGAGCAGGCAGCGGGCCCGGGACGGAGACUUUAUUUUCUCUAAGGAGCGUGCGGACACGUUCAGUUUCCGAAUCCAAAGGACUACAGAGGAAGACAGGGGCAAUUACUACUGCGUGGUGUCCGCCUGGACCAGACAGCGGAACAGCAGCUGGGUGAAGAGCAGGGAUGUCUUCUCUAAACCUGUCCAUAUAUUUUGGGCCUCAGAAGAUACAUAUCCAUUUGACCUGAUCCCAUCGGGCAUCACCUGUUUCUGCUCCCUCAUUCCAGAUUCCGUGCUCGUGGUGAAGGCGAGGCAGCCCAAGCCUUUCUUUGCUGCCGGAAAUACAUUUGAGAUGACUUGCAAAGUGUCUUCCCAGAAUAUCAAGUCGCCGCGCUACUCUGUUCUCAUCACGGCGGAGAAGCCUGCGGGCGACCUCUCCAGUCCCAACGAGACCAAGUACAUCAUCUCCCUGGACCAGGACGCCGUGGUGAGGCUGGAGAACUGGACAGAUGCCUCCCGGGUGGACGGCGUUGUGUUGGAGAAAGUGCAGGAAGACGAGUUCCGCUACCGGAUGUACCACACUCAGGUGUCGGAUGCAGGGCUGUACCGCUGCGUGGUGACAGCCUGGUCUCCUGUCAGGGGCAGCCUGUGGCGAGAAGCAGCAACCAGUCUCUCCAAUCCUAUUGAGAUAGACUUCCAAACCUCAGGUCCUAUAUUUAAUGCCUCCGUGUAUUCAGACACGCCCUCAGUCAUCCGGGGAGAUCUGAUCAAAUUGUUCUGUAUCGUCACUGUCGAAGGAGCAGCCCUGGACCCAGAUGACAUGGCCUUCGACGUGUCCUGGUUCGUGGUGCACUCCUUUGGCCUGGACAAGGCUCCCAUCCUCCUGUCCUCCCUGGACCGCAAGGGGAUUGUGAGCACGGCCCGCAGGGACUGGAAGAGCGACCUCAGCCUGGAGCGCGUGGGCGUGCUGGAGUUCCUGCUGCAGGUGCACGGCUCCGAGGACCAGGACUUCGGCAACUACUAUUGCUCCGUGGCUCCCUGGGUGAAGUCGCCGACGGGUUCCUGGCAGAAGGAGGCGGAGAUCUACUCCAAGCCCGUCUUUAUAACUGUGAAGAUGGACGUGCUGAACGCCUUCAAGUACCCGCUGCUGAUCGGCGUCGGCCUGUCCACCGUCGUGGGGCUCCUGUCCUGCCUCAUCGGGUACUGCAGCUCUCACUGGUGCUGCAAGAAGGAGGUGCAGGAGACCCGGCGUGAGCGCCGCCGGCUCAUGUCCAUGGAGAUGGACUAGCGAGGCCGGGGCAGCGACACGGGGACGGACGGUCUCAGAGCGAUUGGGGCAGGAAGAGGACGGUGAUGUUCUGACGUGAAGUGUGUGACACUAAAACCCAGUCCUCGCUCAUCUCAGGUGGGACUCGGCGCGCUCUCCUCUGCACGUGGAGUUGGAGCGCGGACACGUUUACCAGCACACAGCUUCUCUUCCCACGGCACUUUCUGAGGACGGCCGCGCGUGUCUUUUCCCCGACGGCGGCUUUUUCAUGGUUAACCUCUGUCUAAUUUUUUUCUCCUACUGGUUUAUUGAUCUCUGGCUUGUGUGUGUUUAUAGCUUUUGUCCCGAGGGGUCGCGGUGAGGGCGGGGUAGUGGCAUUCGGAGUUCUUUGUCCCGGGUGAGAGCCAGCCGGCUCCUGGGUGGGAGGCAGGUGUUAGGAGGAGGGUGGCCCUCCACGCCGGCCCAGGGACAACACGGACCUGUGCCCAGGGCGAAUGUGUGGCCUUCACCCCCCCCUGCCCGGUCCCUGUUUUCAGGGGCUUAGACCACAUUGGAAAUCUGAACUUGCGGUAUGUAGCUUCGCAUCGAGCCCAGACGCGGAUUUUGGUUUUUUGCCUCUCUGCCCCCUUUCCAUUUCUUUGCUCUUUGCUUUCUGUGAGCAUGCUGAGAAAGGCAGCCCUGGAAUCUAGGAUUUGGCUCUCCACCAAGCACCUUAUCAUGCCACCUUAGCCUUAAGAAUGAACAUGAAGAAAAAUACACAGCCACUCGUACCAGGGCGGGGAGAAGGUCUGCCAGGAAGAGGAGGCUGGGGACAAGGGAAGGAACUGACGCUGCGAUCGAGCAGAGGCCACUGGGCCUCGCGGGGGCCCCAGGGAGAGCGGAAGGCGGACCCUGAGAGUUAGAUUUCUGCAGCUCGUGCUGGGAGGGUCAGGGGUGUGUCAGGCGGAAGAAGCCACCUCCAGUCCCCAGUCCUGUCCUUUGCAGGAGGCAAAGGCCUUGGACACCCAGGGACGGCCAGGGAGACCCACAGGUGCCCCCCUCCCCUCCUUCCAAGGCUGCUUGCUCUCCUUAACGUGAAGGACUCUUGCUGCUUGGAGACGGGCUGACUUCACGGGAUCAGAAAUCGCCUGGAAGAACCGAGUGUUUUCCCUGGCCUUGUCCGCCCUUGCAGGUCUGUGAGAUCCCCUGCAAGGGCUGGUGAGAGAGCUGGCCUCUGGGAUGCUUGCUUUCCUGUUAGGAACAUGAAGGAAACCCAGCAACGCAUUGCCCUGGGAACAGCCUACAAAGGAGAUCUGAGAGCAGUCUCUUUGGCCCAACUGCUUGUACCAGGAAUAGGACAACGGACCAAAAGAGACCUUCCGCUCCGUUCUGGCCCCGGCACAGGGCCGGCCUUUCGGAAGCCUCCCCGUGGGGCCCUGAGGCUCGGCGGUGACGCCCGCCCUGCAUUGCACUCCUCCGUGCUGCUGCGUGGCUCCGAAGGAUCUGACACUCCUCUGUCUUCCGAAGGGGAAAAAAGACACGUUGGUUCUGAGCAAUAAAGUAAUACGAAACGAUGGCCAUUCAUGUACGGCUCUUUGUCACAAUGGGCUGGACGAGCCCGACCCCUCCCGGCCCACAGUCUUCCCUCCACUUCCCUCACUCUGCUGCCCACCGCCCCUUCUGCACGCAUCACCGAGGCAGCCCCAGGAGGCAGGCCCCCACUCUCCGUUUGCCCACUGCGGGACCACUCGUGGGGUAGGCACGGGCUCCUGCACUGAUGGUGGCAGCACAGAUGACUUCUAGGCACAGAUGGAACCGGGAGAGACGGGCCUCAGAGCAUGAGUGACUGGAGGAAGAGGAAGAGGCCUCCAUAGCACUAGAGUUGGGUAUUUUCUUAAAAAAAUUUUUAAGUCUAUUUUUAUUGCUUUUGGAGAGGAAGGAAGAGGGUUAGAGAGAUAGAAACAUCAAUGAUGAGAGAGAAUCAUUGAUCAGAUGCCUCCUGCAUGCCCCGCCACUGGGGAUCGAGCCCACAACCCCUGCCCUGAUAGGGAAUUGAACCGUGACCUCUUGGUUCAUAGGUCAACACUCAACCACUGAGCCACACUGACGGCAAGAGUGGGGCAUUGUCUACAUGUUGCUUCCUAACUGCUAUUUCAGAGGAGGUGGGUCAUGGGUGAGCGUACACAUGGAGGUUAAAGAGAGAACGCAUAAGCAGGUGUUGCAUUGGGAGCAGCCAGUGCCCGGGAGCCUGGCAGCGCUCACACUCACUAGAAGAUUCAGGAUUGUUGUAGCGGAAGCCCUUCUUGGUAGAGGAAAGGGUAUUAGCCUGGGGCGUGACCAGGUGGCCCCAGAUGUGUGUGGCCCAUGAAAGGGUCACACCAGACACUUGGUAGUAGGAAAGGUGACCUGUGCUCACACUAUCCCUUGUCCUUUCAAACUGCUGUUGUAGUUCAAGGCUUGAUCCCAACCCCACCCUCUGUCCAGGGGGCGGGUCCGAGGGGAAAAUCCCAGGGUAUUGUAACAGGGACCUCGUUCCUCCAGGGACAUGCGCCUGCCAGCAGCCUGUGUGAGAGACAUUCUUAUGCGCUCUCUGGCGGGGUUCCUGCCAGAAGCACUGGGCGUGCGGAGGAAGGACCCGGCCACGAUGCCCGCGGACGACGUUGCACUUCUGAACAACAACAACAACAACAAAACUUGAUAAAAUGUUUGGUUUUUUCCCCCCAAUCAUGAAAGUCUCCCCGGAAAGCGCCUACGCUAUGUUCAGAUAGGAGCCUCAAAAUUACGUUCAAUUGUUUACUUUGUAAUGUUUACAUACAUCUUACACUUUUUUUAAAGAAAAAAGAAGAGAAAAAAAUGCAAACUCUGACUUUUUGACAACUUUUCCGAUUUUUCGUGGGACGGUGGAACUCUGACUCACCAACUGGAUUUCAGUCUUCAUGGAGAAACGUAUUUAUUUGUGUCUUUUCUCCCCUCCUAUCCACGCAGCUUUCCCCGGGAUGCUGGUGGAGGCCCCUUCUCCUCAGACUCUUGUCUGCUUCCCCGGUGGCUCUCGCUUGCUUUGCAGACCGCCUGCAGCCACGAUUUUGUCACGGGCACCUGUGAGCCAAAGACUGGGCGUUUGUGGCAGGAAUAAUAAGCAAUACUACACAACUUGCUACUUUCAGAAAACUUUCUUUUUAGCUUCACCAAUAACCACAGAGGAAGAAGGGAACUGGGAUUUGGGUAAGUUCUCUUCCACUGUUUGACCAAAUUCUCAGUGAUAAAUACUGGGUGCAAAUCACUAGGAGAAAAAAGUUGACUUUCUUUUGUAGUGUGGCACAUGGGAUCUGCCAGAUUUCACGUAGACCAACGAAGGAUCUUGUGUAUUUUUGUCCAUUUCCAAUGUUAUAUGAACUGAUUGUAUUGUUUUAUACUGUGACCACAACUAUUACGCAAUGCACCAUUUGUUUUUUUAUUUCAUUAAAGGAAGUUUAAUUUAAA